CUUCCCCUGUGGCCUGUUGCUUACCCUCUCCUCCUCCUAUAUUUAUUCGCUUUUCUUGCUCUUACUUUUCUGAUCCUCUUCCUCAACUGCCCACCCCACCUCUCUCUCUCUCUCUCACACACAGACCUCUCAGCCCCUCUUUCUAUAAAACACACGCACAGAAAUAUAUAUCUUGUGUGUGUAUAUAUAUAUGCCAAAUUGCGUGCUUCGGGUUAUGAAAAGCCCAUGUUAAGGACCCAUCUUUCAUGGGUUUCUCCUCUCUUCUUCUUGGUUAAGGGGAAAUGGGAUUUUGGUGCUAAUGUAGGCAUAAUCUUUCGUUAUUGAAAGCAAACAGAAGCUAUGGAUGCUUCUUCCUUGGAGGCAUUGCUAUUUGAUCCAUUGAAGUGCAGCAAGUUGAGUAUGGAGGCAAAGAGAGAACUAGUCUAUGCGGUGUCAAAGUGGUCAGAUGGUGCCAUGGAAAUGCUACAUGCUUGGAGCCGCCAGGAUAUAUUGCAGAUCCUCUGUGCAGAGCUUGGAAAAGAAAGGAAGUAUACUGGGUUAACAAAGUCAAAAAUAAUAGAGCAACUUCUGAAAAUUGUAUACGAGAAGAAAUCACAGGAGCGAGGAUUUGCAAGUAUUUCUGAAGUACAGCCUACAUCUGAAAAUGGUGAAAGGACUCCUAAAAGGCAAAGGAAGUCUGACCACCCAAAUCGUCUGCCUAUUGCAGCAAAUCCUGCUGCAACCAGUGUGCCUGAGGUUGAUCCAGGUAAUACUGUAUAUUGCAAAAAUUCAGCUUGCAAGGCUAAAUUGAACCGAGAGGAUGUAUUUUGCAAAAGGUGUUCAUGCUGCAUUUGUCGCCAAUAUGAUGACAACAAGGAUCCCAGCCUCUGGUUAAUUUGCAAUUCAGACCCCCCGUUUCAUGGUGUGUCAUGUGGUAUGUCUUGCCAUCUUGAAUGUGCCUUACGACAUGAAAGUUCUGGCAUAUCAAAGGAUAGGCAGGAUAAGGGACUUGAUGGGAGCUUCUGUUGCGUAUCUUGUGGAAAAGUGAAUGAUUUGCUGGGAUCUUGGAGAAAGCAACUGGUUGUGGCAAGGGAUACGAGACGGGUCGACAUAUUGUGCUAUAGGCUCUCCUUAGGCCAAAAGAUUCUUGGUGGUACUAAACACUACCAAAAACUAUGUGGGAUCAUUGAUGAAGCAGUGGAAAAGCUUGAAGAUGAAGUGGGUCCUCUAACUGGUUUACCAGUAAAGAAGGCUAGAGGGAUUGUCAACAGGCUUUCAUCAGGCCCGGAAAUUCAGAGACUUUGUGCUUCUGCUGUGGAGUCUCUUGACUUGAUGCUUUCUAAAAGAGUGUCUGAUAUGCUGUCUGAUUGCAGUGCACUUGGGUCAAAACUUGUCCGAUUUGAAGACAUUCAUGCUUCAUCAAUUACAGUGAUUCUGAACGAUGAUGAUUCAGAUGUGGGAGGUGUCAUGGGUUAUGUGUUAUGGCAUCGAAAGGCUGAUGAUAUAGUCUAUCCUACAGAACCUACAUGCAGAUUGUUUGCACCAAAUACAAAGUUGCUGCUAUCUGGUCUAACUCCUGCUACCGAGUAUUUUCUCAAGGUUCUUACUCUUGACAAAGACAAAGAGAAGGGCUUCUGUGAGUUUCAGUUCAGAACUGCAAGUUCUGAGGAUGAGGUAAGAAAUCUGAGUUCCAAGAGUUCAGAAGUAGAAAGAAGUCAAAGUCCAGCUACUAACUGCAGCAGUCUCUCUAAUCCUUCGUCGGUGGAAGACGAGACCAAUAAUGUCCUGCCCUGCAGCAACGAGGAUGAAAAUAGAGGAGAUAAUUAUCUUCCUUUUAGUUGUAAUGAUGACAAAAAUGCUGCUACAAAUGUACUUUGUGACAGCAUCAACUGCUUGGAUCCGAUCCAAAAGGAGACUAAUGGAGAUGAAAUUUCUUUGUUGGAUGAAGAAAAUAGCAUGGGGAAAAUCAGCUGCAUACCAAACAGCGAUCAAACAAAUUUCAGAAACAAAGAAUUGUCAAACGGACGGAUGGUCGAGGAAACGAGCACUGGUAACAGGUCUAAUAUACCUUUGACUGGCUUGGAAUGCGUCCCCUAUGUGGAUAAUUCAGAAGCCGGCUUACAAAUCACUCCCUGCAAGUUGGAGAACUUGAAGAAUGGAGCUGGAUGGAAAAAUAAACGAAAAAAUGGGAAAGGUAUUGACGCGGUGCCUGAGAGGGACGAGGAGCCUCAGGCUGGCAGCUCAUCAAAGAAGAGAAGUGGAGAGAGACGAGACGAGGAUUGCACAGGUAUUGGAGACAAGGAUUUUGAGUAUUACGUGAAAGUGAUCCGGUGGCUGGAAUGCGACGGUCACAUGGAAACGACAUUCAGGCAGAAAUUCUUGACCUGGUACAGCUUGAGAGCAACCCCUCAGGAAGUCCGGAUCGUGAAAGUAUUCAUCGAUACAUUUAUCGAAGAUCCUGAAUCUCUCGCCGCACAACUUGUCGACUCCUUCACCGACAUUAUAUCAAACAAGAGAUGCUCCACCGUGCCAUCCGGAUUUUGCUUGAAGCUUUGGCACUAAGAUAUGCAAACGGGUCUUCUUGCUUCCAUCAUUGUAGGAUUGAGCAUGCAAAUCUGGGGACAUUUGCCUGCUUUAUUCUUUGAAUUUAGACAAAAAAUUGUUAAAUCAUUCUUCAUUGGAAUAGCAUCAUUCAAACAUGAUACUUAGGAUUUUGUGCCCUUCAUAAGUGCAAUAUCAUUUGACUAUUUCUGUUCUGCUAUAGAAAUUCCUGAGUAAUUUA